GGUCUCUUAUGGCAGCGGAAGCGGAAGUGCGUGCAUGUGUUGGUGACUAGUAAUCCUAGUGACAGUAGUUAUUCUAAACCUACAAAAUGAUUUGGUUUAAUGGGUCCAUACCGGACGCCAUUAAUUUGGCUAAACAGAAGAGUUUUGUCUUCGUCAUCGUCAUUAUAGGUGAAGAUGAGCAGUCGUCAAACCUGAUGUCCAGCUGGGAAGAUGACAUUGUCUUGGAGAUAGCUCAAAAAAGUUGUGUGGCAAUAAAAGUUGACGCAAACAGUGACACCUGUUUGCAGUUCUCACAGAUCUAUCCAGUGGUCUGCAUUCCCUCAAGUUUUUUUAUUGGGGAAAAUGGUAUUCCUUUGGAGGUCAUUGCUGGGAGUGUAUCUGCCACAGAACUGCGACUUAGAAUCGAAAAAGUACAACAGAUGCAUGCACAAAAAAAUGGCACUGGCAUGGUAUCACAGGAAACAACUGCCACUAUGACGGCCAGCCCAACACAACCUACCAUGAAUGCACACUCAGCUCCUGCAGUGUCCACAGAUGAGUUCAGGAGGCCCUCAGCAGUGGAGGACUUGGCACCUAGAGAGGCUACUGAAGAAGCUACGUGUGGCCCAUCAACUAUGACUACUACUGCAGCAGGUGGAUAUCCAGAUCCCACAAGUUCACGUUUGAGUGAAGAAAACGUGGAUGUACAAAGAAUUAACAUGAACAUGGAUGACAUACAUCAGCAAAAGAUGACAUUGGAAGAGGAGAAGGACCAGAAUCAGAUCAGAAAGCCAAUGAAAAAGCAAAAGAAUAUGCUUGACCUUAAGAGGGAAGAGAAUACAAAGCGACUACUGGAAGAGAGGAAGCAAGAAAGGGAGUUUGAUCAGGCUGCAAGGGAGAGAGUCAAACAACAAAUUGCUAUGGAUCGAGCUGAAAGAGCAGCCCGUUAUUCCAAAUCUCUUGAGGAGGCGCAGCAAGUAACACAGGCCAAACAGACAGAGAUUGAUGCAAAAAAGGAUACUGUUGUGAGACAAAGGAGUACCAUCACAAGGCUGCAGUUUCGCCUCCCGGAUGGUUCAUCAUUCACAAACCAGUUCUCCUCACAGAGCACACUUCAGGAAGCUCAUCAGUUUGUUAGUCAGGAAGUUGGAAACCGGUAUGGCAACUUUUCCAUGGCCACCAUGUUCCCGAGAAGAGAAUUUACCAAUGAAGACCUGAAUAGGACUUUCUUGGAGCUGGAACUUGCUCCUAGUUCAUCUAUUGUUAUUCUGCCUUGCGGCAGACCUUCUACGGUUGUUCCAUCUCCUAGUGGUGGGACGUGGGGUGUCCUGAGCACUUUGUUCUACCCUGUUCUCACCAUAUGGCGAUUCCUCAUGUCCUUCCUGUUUCCAACCCCACCACAAGAAACAUCAAGGAGUUCUUCUCCCCCGUCUCAGUCUCACACCAAUUCAGCAACACCCUCUGAUAAACCAAAACGGGAAUCUCUUUCUACACCUUUGGAAAAGGAGCCCAAGAAUUUCAAGAAAGAUGGUAAAAUAUGCCAGCUAAUGGCUCAAGAGGACAGUGAGGAUGACAACAACACCUGGAAUGGCAACUCAACACAGCAAAUGUAGCUCUGUAAAAGUAGUGCUUUUUCUGUCUGCUCCUAUCCUAAACAUUGCCACUACUACCACCCCAUCCCAGAUCAGAUGCAGUUAUUAAAGAUUAGUGUUUUCUAUUUUGUGUUCCAGGGGCACUUGCAUGGUGAAAUCAAAGUUAUAUUGUACUUUUUUCUUUUCUGCAUUAGAGUGGAAAAAAGAGACAUUUUUUUCAUACUUGCAUUUGUUGCUAAUAUUGUCCUAUGUAGUGAUAUUCAUCAAUCAACUGUAUAUUCAAUUAAAUUGACUGGGAGGCCAACUA